GAUCAAACAACUAUUACGCCACCCACGAUAACAUUUGUAUAAAUUCUAACUUCUUUAGUCUAUUUUAUCCUCAAACGUUGCGUUAAUUGUGGAAAGAGCAAGGUAUUAACAUAUCAAAGCGUGCAGAAAAGAUGAUCUUCGCUGUUGUUGUUUUGGGUCUUCUCUCGCAAACGAUUGCUUUUCCUCAAAAUGAUUUUCAACAGGAUAGUGUUAACUUUCAAGCAGCUACUGGAUCGCUGAUCAAUCUUGUCGAGACUGCCGAUAAAGAAGUAGCUGAUAUUAUGGUCAAAAUGGCUGAGAAAACAGCUGAUCUUUACAAAGAGUUAAUACCCUUGUUGACCCAUGGUGACAUUACUUUAAACAAAGGAAUAACAAAGGAAAAGUUUCAAGAAAUUUUAAAUCAACUAAUGCAAACAUUAAAGAACCUGGAAAGUUUACAACUAACAGGCACCAUUGAUUUUGUUGAACUUGCAAAGAAAGUACAAGAAGGUUUCACAAAAGCUAUUACAAUUCCAUUUGCUUAUUCCGAUGGAUCUUGGGAAGAUACAAAAAGCAAAAUUAUUGAUGCAUUUAAGAAUGCCAAUGCAAUAGUUAGAAUUGCUGUUGUUCAAGUUCUUGACCGUUUUCAUAAUCGUAUUGAUCAGCUAGCUGAAAAACUUGAGGAGUUGAUUAACAUGUUACCAGUUAAUGGAGACCUGUGGAAAAACAUCCGAAACAAAGUUCAUGACUUAGUUGACAAAUUAAAAAAUAAAAUUACACCAGCUGCUAUUAAUAAAAUUGAGUCAGCAGAAAAAGUUGCAGAGCUUGAUUUUACCUCAGCCAUUAUGGAAUUGAAAGACGAUCAACCAAUUGUUAAAAGAGCAAUUUCUGAUAUUUGGGCCAAAGUUCAAUCAGCAGUCGGAAAAUUAGGUGUUGCAAUCAAAGAUGCCACAAUGAAAGUUAUCGAACAAAGCAAACCACAAGUAAUUGAUGCUCUUCAAAACCUCAAAAGAAUUGUUAUUGAUGCCGCAAAAAACAUUGUCAUUGAAGUGAACGGAGCUAUAGUGAAAGUCAUUGUUGGACAACUAACUGGUUUAUCAGAUUAAAGUUGCUUCAAAUAAAUUGCUGAAAAACUUGUAUUAUGAAAA